AUUCAUGAAGCACAGGGACACAGCGGGUGGGGCGCGGAUAAAUAAAAGCUGAGUGAGCUGAAACUGCACACAGGAAGAGGAACUGUGCACGCGGUGACUCGCCGGGACGCAGCCCGCUGCUCGUCUGGGCCCCGCCAGCUCGCCGGAGAGACCACAACCCCACUGUGGGGUGCGAGGAGCGGAGAGCUGCCCUGCGUGCAGCUCCAAGAUGAAGCCUCCAUCUGGGCAAGGCAUAAGGCUGGCAUGCCUUCUCCUCAGCUUGGCUUCCCUCUGCCUUCCCACCCCGCUCUGGGAGGACCGAGACUCCUUCAUGCAGGAGGAGAAAGCCAGACUGACAGGUGGCAAUUUGCUGCUGAGCACCCAAGAGCAGCAGCUCAGCACGAAGCUCAUCAGUCUCAAGAAGAAGGAGGUCACAGCAGCCUUGAACGCAGGGCAGUUCCCUCCGAGCAUGCACUUCUUUCGGGCAAAAAGCCUCAUUGAGCAGAGCACGGUGUUCAGCAUCCUGAAGCGCAUGCCAAAAGGUGCUGUCCUCCACCUGCACGACUAUGCCAUGCUGAGCGUGGACUGGCUGGUGUACAAUGCCACCUAUCUCCCUGACUGCUAUAUCUGCUUCACCCACACGGGCACUGUUCGGUUUCACUUUUCCAAGCCUCACCCUCCUCACCCAGUUCCGGCCCAGUGCUCCCAGUGGGUUUUGCUGGAGACAUACCGAAAACAGCUGCGUAAUGUGACUGAGUUUGAUGACAGCUUGCUGAGGAACUUGACCCUGGUGACGGAUGCCCCGGAGCUGGCCUACCCUUCCCAGGCUUUCAUCUGGAAAAGGUUUGAAGAAGUCUUUCUCAUCGCUUCUGGACUUAUCUGCUAUGCACCUGUGUUCAAGGCCUACUUCUACCAGGGGCUGCUGGAGCUCUAUGAGGAUAACAUACAGUAUGUUGAGAUAAGAGCUAUCCUGCCUCCGGUGUACGAACUGGACGGCACUCGGCACAACAAGUCCUGGUCAGUGGCAGCGUACCAGGAGGUGAGCAGGAGGUUUGUGCAGGAGCACCCCGAUUUCCUCGGAGCAAAGGUUAUCUUCACGGCACACAGGAUGCUGAAUGUUUCCCAGAUUAAAGAAGCCAUCAUCACCGCCAUGGAACUCAGAGCCCACUUCCCAGACACCCUGGCAGGCUUUGACUUGGUUGGCAAUGAGGAUGAAGGUCAUUCUUUAUGGGAGCUGAAGGAUGUCCUGACCAUCCCAUAUUCCCUGAGGGUCAACCUGCCUUACUUCUUCCACGCUGGAGAGACAGACUGGCAGGGCACCUCUGUAGACAAUAAUGUGCUGGAUGCUCUGCUACUGAAUACCAGUCGGAUUGGCCAUGGACUUGCCCUCACUAAACACCCAGCAGCCAAAAAUUUAUCUCUGAAGAGGGAUACUCCUGUAGAAGUCUGUCCCAUCUCCAACCAGGUGUUGCUGUUAGUGUCUGACCUGCGGAACCACCCCGCAGCCAGUCUCAUGGCUGAAGGGCAUCCUGUUGUCGUCAGCCCUGAUGAUCCCUCUGUCUUUGGGGCAAAGGGUGUCUCCUAUGACUUCUAUGAGGUGUUCAUGGCCAUUGGAGGGAUGAAUGCUGACCUGAGGACCUUGAAACAACUUGCGCUCAACUCCAUAAAAUACAGUGCCAUGCUACCGGAUGAGAAAGCCAAGGCCAGAGAGGUCUGGCAGAAAAAAUGGGACCAAUUUGUGGCUGAUCUUGCUGAUAGCUUGUUGAUGUAGCUUUAGAAGGGAGGAGACCCGCCUCGUCUCAGAAGGCAUUUGGCAAGCCAGAGAAAGCCAGGCUUGUUGCUGGGAGGCAGCCUGCUUCUUCCACGUGACUUGAGCAGAUGAAGGAACCUCUUCGUCUCAGCCAGCCUGGGGCAAUGUGGUUAAGACGAGCUUAAUGCUAGGAAUGAGCUGCACUAUCCUGGAGAAGUCAAGGGCCAGAGGUAAAAUGGAGCAGCAAGCCUCUGUAACAACACCAGCAGAAUAUGCCACUCAGAAUAGUCAAAACAAUUAAAAGUUGCCGAUGACCAAAUCCUGACAUCCUUAUUCAGGAAAAACUUGCCUUCUAAUUAGACUUAGUGGGUGAUUGCCAACAUGAGGAUCUCUGAAUUUUGCCUUAUCGUUACAAAAUGCAGACCUUGUCCAGAAACAACUAAGACAAACAUCCAGCCAUUUGGGCCACUGACCUUCGGGAGAGAGAGGACUGAAAAUGACUCUUGUUAUGUUUAACCCUGGGCCUGCUGCCAAAAUAGCACUGCUGGGUCGAAGAACCAGUCAUAGGUUUGACGUCUGCUAUUUCAGGACCUACCAUGGCUGGAAACAAGCAGAUGGAACCAUACAAAUGUUCCCAGACCGUGUAAGCUUGGUUGCACAGAGAUCAGAAGGCAAAAAAGGGGUGCCUCAUUUGCCCGUGGUUGUUUUCUUUUCUCUUCCUUGCAGAAUCCUUUCCUGUCCUCUGGUCACAGGGAAGCUAAAUACUUUUCACCUGAAAAAAAACCCACCUGGCUUUCCAGAUUCUGUUUGACUAAAUACUCAUCCUGCUUUGCAGUGUGUUAACACAGGCUCUGAAUUUAUAGGAAGUGCCUUUUGAUAUCAAGGGGUUCCACUACUGGCCUUUGUUGCCUUAUUCAGCCCAUUCACCUUGGUGAUAUUCAUCUCAGUGAGAACUAAUCUCAUACUGUGCAUAUCCAAUGCAUUCAUUUGGACCUUUACAGUUACCAGUACUGUCACUAAAAGGUAUUACAGCAGCUACACAGUAAAUUGAGCCUAGACAAGUGGAUUCCCUUGGUUAACAAGCUCAAAAAUAUCAGGGAAAGAACUAGUGUCAGGGAGAUUAAAAAAAAAAAGUCUUUAUCAGGAUGCUAAAUAAAUCCAGCAAAAUCCUUCAGUACACACACCCCAGGCACAAGCCAGGAUCAACCAGCAUCUCUCUGGCAUUAGCACAAUUGCCCUGGUUUACAGCAGCCAAGGGAGAUCUUGUAAAUGUUCCUGCUGAAAGGUGCCUCCUCCUCAGAGCCCAAGACUUGUGUGGACUGUUGUUUCCUGAUCUGACCAGCUUGGGCAAACUGGCUCCCUUUAAGCAUCCUGCUAAUUGUCCCAAGCUGCCUGGUUGGUGUUUAUUUCUACUAACCUUGGUCAAAACACCUUAGCAGGAGACAAAUAUACUCACUACAGAAGUGGAUCAAGCUAUGCAGCCCAUGUAUCCCUUGUGUGCUCAAUGUUAAAUGGCCCACAUUUCACAUGCUGCAAGCUUCUGUCUAGUAAUCCAAGGCAAAACCAACAAAAACUCACCGCAAACUGAAGGCAGCUGGAUUGCAGAAGCCAGCAAGGCAAGCCACUGAAAGCAGAAGUAGAAGCCAGUCACACACCGCGCAGAGCGGGAGGGCUCUGUGCUGGGCAAAGCUGGGCCUUUCCAACUGGCUGCCUUCAGCUCCAGCUCUGCCCGCAUGACCCACACCUUCCUCUUACUCCCCCACAGCUGAUGUUUGCUGUUCAGCCUUCUGUGGGCCUCAAUGUACAUUUGUCCAUGGGACGAGCUUUAUACUGGAAGAGGAGCUACUGUAGAAGCACCUUUCCUCCUUUUCCUUCUCCAUGGGUAUAGCAUGCAGAGCUCAGUCUGAAGUCCCCGAUGCAAGCAUUCCUUUCAGUCCCAUAAUAACUGCAGCCUGGGGAAAUGUCUAAUGUGUAAUCCUGCCGAGGAAAGCUGUUGCAAACAGGUGGGAUGGUUGCUCACCAGUGACCUAAAGCCAACUCCCUCUGAGUCCCCUCAACAUUUAAGCUUUGCUGUAUGGGAAGGGAGGAAGAUGUUGUAUUUUCCAUGAGUUUCUUCCCCCUGGCAAGCCUCAUUACUGCCUGGGUGAAGCUAAUAGCACAUAUCAGGAGCCACCAGUGAGUGACACUGUUUGGGAUUACAGCAUAGAAAUCACUGGGGAGUUCAAAUUGUACAGGUCUGAGGUGAUCUACAGACAGAGCCUUCAGAAGGGUGAAACCUGACCCUACAGGCCUACGUUCGGACUUGUGAUCUCCUGCUGCUGAAGGUGUCCAUCUGAAGGUUGGUCAGACAGCAGACAUUUUCCCAUCCUGAUCAGGUAUGUUUAAAUGUGAACCUGAACUGAAUGGAGGCCUCUGACUCUACGAUAUAGCCUUCCCCAUAUCUCCUUCUGAACAGGGUGCUGCUCCCAGUAGUCCCCUUGGAAGAUGAGCUGUAACUGCUUUUAGGGCUAUAGAGAGUUAGACAGGAGGAGGGCUGCCCUGUUUUACAGCUGGCAACCAACUCUUUUUUAGAGCAUGCCUUAUUUCAGAGAAAGCUCCUAGUAGGAAGACCCAGACUGCAUCUCCAUCUCUCCAACUCCAGGUGUGCAAAAAAGGAGGGUUUAAGGCCGAGCCACUGCAGUUAAGAAAGUGGAAUAUAUUCAGACAUCUUUGAGGGUUACAGUAAACUUGGCUAUGGGGCUUGGUUGGGACUUGGCUUUUAGCAUUCACAACAACAUUUUAAAUGUUUUGCUACCAGUCUGUUUCCUUACCCUUAGUACUUAGUUCCCUCAUCACAAUUAAUGUACAUCAUAUGUAAUGCUCUCAUGGACAUUUCCUUCUGAACGUAGUAUUCAUUCAAAUCUUUGAACCCAUUUCCACUACUUCUCUCUUUAGCAAUGAACAAACAAAAAGAGAGCUGGGGAUACCAGUAUUUCAUGCAAAGUUUUCUUCUGGAAUGUGCAGCACAAGGGGGAUGUUCCACGUCACUCAGUGGAGUACAAUUAUGAGUGAGACUGAGAUGUCCUCACAGCGUGGUGCAAAAGGCAGCCUGACCUAUGGGGCUAACAUGUUGGAGCUGAGCCUGGGCUGCCCUCCCAGUCCCCCUUCCCCACUCCAUGCUGUAGCGGCAUCCAGCUCUGGGUCACGGUUUCUGAGGAUUCGCCUGAUGGACACGAUCUGCUUGUUCCACCUCUCCUCCUAUUACAGCUUUGUACCAUCUCUGUGGUGGCUACAGCAUGAGCAAGUAAAGGAACUAUUGCAGGUCA